AUGAGUGGUGAAGGGUACGAAGCAAUUGUCGAUGGCUUACUUGCUCGAAGGGGGUUGCUGUAUACCCGUCUACAGGUGAAGAACCAAAUAGGCGUACUCAAGAGCACCCACUCAUUCUGGCGCUACUUGCAAACGCACACAGGGUUGGGGAGGAAACCAGAUGGAACAAUUGAUGCAGAGUCUGAGUUCUGGACAACACACACAGAGAAAAAACAAUACCUAAAGAGGCUGCAAUGGGGUCCUCCAGGAAACGAGGAGUUGCUUGAUGAACUAUUUAGAGGGUUCACUGUCGAUGGAAGCACAGCCUUUGUGCCUAGAGAUGAUUAUGGUCAGAAUCAGGAGCAAGAUGUAGGGGCAGAAGAGGAAGAGGAGGAGUUUCAAACAACACCUACAAGUAGAAGCAGCCAGAGGAGUCAAAGGGGAAAGAGGUCAUUAAGCAGCAAUUCAAGCACUUUGACCAGUCCAGUGAAGAAGAGCAAGAGCCCAAUGGUGAAGAUUGUGAAGGACAUAGCCAGUACCUUCAAAGACUCUGUCAAAGUCAACACUACUCAAAUACAGAAACGUGCAAGUGACAAGGCAGCAUGUUCUGUAGAGAGAUGUCAGGAGCUGGCAUUUGAGUGUGGCGUUGAGGAAACCGUUGACUCUGUCUAUGCUAUGUCCAAGAUGUUCGAAACAGAGUACCAAAGGCAGUUCUUCUGUGGCAAAUUAACUCCUCAGCUUAGGUUGGGUUACUUCAAGAAAUGGUGUAGGGACAACAAUCUGAGCUUAGGAGGUGUUGAGUAG